AUGUUAUCCAAUACCAAAUCCAAUUUAUCAAUUUCAACCUCGUCUUCCACUUCCAUCCCAUGGUCUCAUCAAAGUCCCACUCCCACCAGCGCUAUCGAGAAAAUCUUUUCCUCAUUGGAUAAAUCAAUCACUUCGCUCAUAUAUGAUUUACAACUAGACGAGAGAAGUAGACCUCGUCCUAAGGCUGGGACAAUGUGGCCUACGGAUGUUGAUAUUGUUGUAAGAAGGUAUCAACCUACUUUGGAUAGUAUCACCGAGAGUGAGAAACCCAGUGCAUAUCGAGUAAAGAAGCAGGAACAAGGGGAAGAGGAGGAUUGGAGGGAAUUUCUGGAUGGGAUGGGAGUAGCUCAUACGAUUGGAGUACUUUGA